AUGGCCCUGAAGAAAACAACCACCGGCAACAACUACACAGCCCCACGAUCUGACGGAUCAACGGCUGAGUUCGCUGAGCUCCGAUCGUUACUGACUGCGAUGCAGGAGAAUACACAAGCGACUAUCCAAGCAUCGAUCCACGCCAUGGGUGAGAUCAAUUUCGAGGUCAACGAUUUGAGUACCUUGAAGAUGUCGGAGGUAAGUUUCCAUUGGGUGAUGGGGCUAUUGGCUUGCCAGAUGGCAUCUGCUUACUUCUUUUCCCACAUGGUCCUUGCCUAUCACAACGGCAUUGGUACUGCGGCUCGGAUCUUCGAAGAGAUGACCAUGUUUUGUGGUUUCUUAUCACUGUUUUUCACUCUCAUACAUCUCUACGGGCUCUGGGGAAUUGCAUAUCUUCCAGUUUCUCCUCCUAUCUCUCUCACGGGUCUCCAACUUGCAAGAAGCUCCUGCCUCAACCUCAAGAGUUCAACAAUCGGCCCAGAAAGCCACGAGGAGAGCCUGAAGAAGAGAGUUUAA